CCUUUUUCAAAAUGGCUGCGUCCCUGAAUUUCUGACCAUUUCAUCAUCAGUAUCGUUCCUAAAGCUUUAAAGAUGGGUGACAUGACAAAUAUCGAUAAGGAGGAUUUGACUGCACCUGUAAAGAAUAUAGAGGACAAAUGGAAGCUCCUGCCGGCUUUCCUGAAGGUGAAGGGACUGGUGAAGCAGCACAUAGAUUCCUUCAACUACUUCAUCAAUGUCGAUAUAAAAGAGAUUAUGAAAGCCAAUGACAAGAUCACCAGUGAUGCAGACCCAAACUUUUAUAUGAAGUACUUGAACAUCUAUGUCGGUAUGCCGGACGUUGAGGAAGGCUUCAACAUAACCAAGCCUAUUUCCCCACAUGAGUGCCGGUUGAGAGACAUGACAUAUUCAGCCCCGAUAACUGUGGACAUAGAAUACACGAGGGGCAAUCAGCGCAUUGUCAGGAAUAACCUUCCUGUUGGAAGAAUGCCGAUUAUGUUGCGGAGCUCUAACUGCGUUCUCAACGGAAAAAGCCCAGCAGAGAUGGCCAAGCUGAAUGAGUGCCCCAUGGACCCAGGUGGCUACUUCAUUGUCAAGGGUACGGAAAAGGUCUGUCUUAUUCAAGAGCAGCUCUCCAAGAACAGAAUGAUUGUUGACACGGAUGUUGGUCGCAAGGGAACAGUUGUCUGCUCCGUCACAAGUUCCACACAUGAGAGGAAAACCAAAACAGAUGUAAUUGUGAAACAUGAAAAGUACUACAUCAAACAAAACUCAUUCACAGAGGACAUUCCGAUAGCAAUCCUGUUCAAGGGCAUGGGGUUUGAGUGUGAACAAGAGUUUGUGCAGAUGAUCGGCAGUGAGGAGGAGGUACUGGCUAUGAUUGGUCCAUGCUUAGAGGAGUGUCACCGUGCCGGGGUCUUUACACAGCUACAGGCCCUGAAGUAUAUUGGCACAAGGAUACGCCAGCGUAGAAUGUGGGGUGGCCCAAAAAAGACGAAAAUAGAUGAGGCUCGGGAUGUACUUUAUGGCGUUAUUCUCUCACAUAUACCGGUUGUGGACUGGAACUUCAAGAUGAAGGCAGUGUACCUGGCUUUAAUGGUUCGUCGGGUCAUCCAAGCCCAACUUGGCAUCGUCAAGGCCGACGACAGAGACUACUACGGUAACAAGAGACUGGAGCUGGCUGGAUCACUCGUCUCACUUCUGUUUGAAGACUUGUUCAAGAAAUUCAACAGUGAGUUGAAGAGGAUUGCUGAUAUAACCAUACCCAAGCCGCGGGCAGCGCAGUUUGACAUUGUGAAGCAUAUGCGCCAGGACCAGAUCACCAAUGGGCUGGUGAACUCUAUAUCUACAGGCAACUGGACAAUCAAGCGUUUCAAGAUGGACCGCUCUGGUGUGACCCAGGUGCUGUCGCGCCUCUCUUACAUCUCCGCUCUUGGCAUGAUGACACGUGUUUCCUCACAGUUUGAGAAGACGAGGAAAGUGAGCGGUCCUCGUUCCCUGCAGCCAUCACAGUGGGGCAUGUUGUGUCCGUCAGAUACUCCAGAGGGGGAGGCUUGCGGGCUGGUUAAGAACCUGGCAUUGAUGACUCACAUAACGACAGACCAUGAAGAGGCCCCGAUUGUCCGUCUGGCAUUUAACCUUGGAGUAGAAGAUAUACAGCUACUCAGUGGGGCAGAGAUCACAAGCAAACAUGUCUUCACAGUCUUCCUCAAUGGUAACAUUCUUGGUGUAAUAAGCAACUACAAGAAGCUAGUACGCACAUUCCGACUGAUGCGAAGGGCAGGGUACAUCAACGAAUUUGUCUCCAUCUGCCCGAACCACACCCAUAGAUGUGUCUACAUCUCCUCAGAUGCUGGUAGAGUCUGCAGACCCUACAUCAUAGUACAGAAGUGUAAGCCACUUGUCACCAACAAACACAUAGAGGAGUUAAACCAGGGGUUCCGCUGUUUUGAGGACUUUCUUAAGGAGGGACUGGUGGAGUACCUCGACGUAAACGAGGAAAAUGACUGCAUGAUUUCUCUAUAUGAGAAGGAAAUCAACCCGUCCACAACUCACCUUGAGAUUGAGCCGUUCACAAUUCUGGGUGUGUGCGCGGGUCUCAUCCCUUACCCCCACCAUAACCAGUCCCCCAGGAACACCUACCAGUGUGCUAUGGGCAAGCAGGCCAUGGGCACGAUAGGGUACAACCAGAGGAACAGAAUCGAUACACUCAUGUAUCUGCUGUGUUACCCACAGGCUCCACUAGUCAAGUCAAAGACUAUAGAGUUGAUCAACUUUGACAAGUUGCCAGCCGGCCAAAAUGCUACUGUAGCUGUGAUGUCGUAUAGUGGUUAUGACAUUGAGGAUGCUCUGGUCAUCAACAAGGCUUCCCUUGACAGAGGUUUUGGUCGCUGCCUAGUGUACAGAAAACAGAAUGCCACGUUACGUCGCUAUGCCAACCAGACGUUUGACAAGGUGAUGGGUCCUAUGGUGGAUGCCAACACGCGCAAACCAAUAUGGCGGCACUCGGCACUAGACUCUGAUGGCAUAUGUGCACCAGGUGAAAAGAUAGAGAACAAGCAGGUGUUUAUCAACAAGUGGAUGCCAACAAUGACCAACAGCCCCCUGACAUCCGACGAUCCAGAGAAACAGACAGACUAUAGGGAGGUCCCCAUAGCGUACAAGGGUCCUGUGCCUUCUUACAUAGAGAAGGUUAUGAUCACGUCAAACACAGAGGAGCCGUUUCUAGUCAAGAUGUUGCUGAGGCAGACACGUCGGCCAGAGAUUGGUGACAAGUUCAGUAGCAGACAUGGACAGAAAGGUGUUUGUGGACUCAUUGUCCCACAGGCAGACAUGCCCUUCAGUGACCUUGGCAUUUGUCCAGACAUUAUAAUGAACCCCCAUGGGUACCCCUCACGUAUGACGGUGGGUAAACUGAUGGAGUUGCUGGGCAGCAAGGCCGGGGUCCUGGACGGCAAGUUCCAUUAUGGCACAGCCUUUGGUGGUGACAAAGUGGUCGACCUGUCUGCAGAUCUGAUUCGACAUGGCUUCAACUAUCUAGGAAAGGAUUAUGUAACAUCUGGUAUCACUGGUGAGCCACUGUCAGCGUAUAUCUACUUUGGCCCAAUCUACUACCAGAAACUAAAACACAUGGUGCUGGACAAGAUGCAUGCACGUGCCAAGGGUCCGCGUGCAGUACUCACCAGACAGCCAACGGAGGGCCGCUCGAGGGAUGGGGGUCUCAGGCUUGGUGAAAUGGAACGUGAUUGUCUGAUAGGAUAUGGGGCCAGUAUGUUACUGCUAGAGCGAUUAAUGAUCUCCAGUGAUGCAUUCGAGGUUGAUGUCUGUGAGCAGUGUGGCCUGCUAGGAUACCUUGGCUGGUGUCAGUACUGUAAAUCUUCAAAGAAUGUAUCAACCCUGAAGAUGCCAUACGCCUGCAAACUGUUGUUCCAGGAACUACUUUCUAUGAAUAUUGUGCCCAGACUGUCACUUAAGCGUUACAAUGAAGUCUAGCAUAAGUGAAAUUACCGUUUAUGUCAAGAAUACACCUACAGAAGACACAGUACACCCGUAAACAGUUAUUCAAGGAACUACUUUUGUGCCCAGAUUAUCGCUCAAGCGGUACAAUGAAGAUUACCAUAGUGUUUGUGCAAUUCACAUAAGUGUCAAGAAUACAUCUACAGAAGACACAGUACACCCGUUGACUGUUGUUAUUCAAGGAACUACUUUUGUGCCCAGAUUAUCGCUCAAGCGGUACAAUGAAGAUUACCAUAGUUUUUGUGCAAUUCACAUAAGUGUCAAGAAUACAUCUACAGAAGACACAGUACACCUGUUAACUGUUAUUCAUGGAACUACUUUUGUGCCCAGAUUAUCGCUCAAGCGGUACAAUGAAGAUUACCAUAGUGUUUGUGCAAUUCACAUAAGUGUCAAGAAUACAUCUACAGAAGACACAGUACACCUGUUAACUGUUAUUCAAGGAACUACUUUUGUGCCCAGAUUAUCGCUCAAGCGGUACAAUGAAGAUUACCAUAGUGUUUGUGCAAUUCACAUAAGUGUCAAGAAUACAUCUACAGAAGACACAGUACACCUGUAAACAGUUGUUCAAGAACUACUUUUGUGCCCAGACUAAGGCUCAAGUGAUACAAUGAAGUCUAGUUUUUGUGCAAUUAAAUUAAUGUCAAGAUUAUGCCUACUGAAGAUGCAUACGCCUGUAAACUGUUGUUCAAGGAUCUACUUUACUGCCCAAAUUUUCGCAUAAGCGUUACAAUGAAGUCUAGUUUUUGUGCAAUUAACAUUAAUGUCAAGAUUAUGCCUACUGAAGAUGCAUACGCCUGUAAACUGUUGUUCAAGGAUCUACUUUACUGCCCAAAUUUUCGCAUAAGCGUUACAAUGAAGUCUAGUUUUUGUGCAAUUAACAUUUAAGUCAAGAUUAUGCCUACGGAACAUACGCCUGUAAACUGUUGUUCAAGGAACUACUUUACUGCCCAAAUUAUCGCAUAUUAGCGUUACAAUGAAGUCUAGCUUUUGUGCAAUUAUCUUCUGAUUCAUAUAUAUUGGGAGAAUAACCAUUGUGCACUGUCAUUUACUAUACAAUGUAUUAUGAGUCUGUUUUUUGGAGACAAAAUCAAUGUGUUAUAUCCUUGCUGAUACCACUGGCACCUUGGUUGAGUUUCUAACAACUCUGUCAUAUAAUUACCAAGUCCCAUACUAUAUUAAUUGGAUUUAAUCCUCAUAGGCAAAUUGAAGAAAAGGGAUUGUGUUUUAUAUAAUGAAGAAAAUACAUUGGUGCAGUUAUUUUUAUGGUGUACCUAAUCAUAAUGUAUGUGAUGUCAUUGUUAUACAGUGUAGUAUUUGGAGAAAAUCCAAGGGAUGGAUGCUUUGUUGGAGAUUUCCGUUAAAAAUAAAUAUGAAAAAAA